AACGGCGGCUGGUUGUGUGUAUAUGGGUGCCUCGGUGUCAAACUCUGGAGAUCGCGAUAAACAAUUGAUACGAAAAGUCAGAAUUGCUCUAGUAGGUACUUAUGCUGUUGGAAAAACAUCCAUAAUAACGAGAUACAUCCGGGAAACGUUCUCUUCUGAGUACAUAUAUACGAGAGGGGGAAAUAUAAACAAGAAAUUCAUAACAGUUUAUGGACAGAAGCUCCAGAUAGAGCUUAUAGAUACUGGUGGACAGGAUUAUCAAAAAGAAAUAGCCCCUACUUUGUAUAAAGUAGCACAGGGAAUCUUAAUUGUACAUGACAUAUCGAAGCCUAGCAGUUUUGAAGAUGUUGAGGAAUGGUUAACAGGUAUCCGUCAGAAAACUCUUGGAGACCCCGUGAUAAUGCUAAUUGGCAAUAAAAACGACUUAGACCCACAGGGAAAAACUGAUGAUCCACCCACAAAAAACACGAAUCUCACAACAGGACUAACUCGUGUUUCCUAUGAACAAUGUGAAAAGAAGGUACAUCAGGAGGGCCUGCUUCCGUUUUACAGCGAGGUCAGUGCCAAGACUGGCAUGAACAUAGACCCCGUGUUUGAGCUACUGGUUAAAGAAAUUCUCCAUAAACAACACCGUCUUCUGGGUAGCAUCUGGGAGCCUGAUCUCGGGAAGGAUGUCGUUGGAAGAUCUGCUGAAGACAAAACGAGCUCUAAAUCUUUCACCUGUACGAUCUUAUAGCAGUGAU